CAGUCAAUGGACGUUAUGGACUCCACCUGGCACCACGUGUGUGUCUCCUGGGAUGGGAGAGUUGGGCUACUUGCAGUUUUCAAGGAUGGUCAUAUAAAUUUCAAGUUAAAUGACUUUAUGGGGCCCCUACUUCAGAAGCCGAAUGAAGGAAUCGUGACGAUUGGUUUUAGGAAUAUAAAUGAAACUGCUUCUACUGUUCUUGGUAAACUCAGUGGCUUCAAUAUUUGGAGUACCUUGGUCACAACAGAGGAGAUACUGCGCAUGUCAUACGGAUGUGGCACGGAAGCUGGCAAUGCGAUGGCCUGGGGAAAAGUUAGAAAUGGGCUGAUUGGGGAAGUGGAGAUGAAAUCACUUCCAACUUGCAACGAUGGAAAACGUGCCAGGCUUGUGGUAGAUACCGUCGAUUUGGAGCCAAAUGGGACCGCAGUUCUUGUGAGCCAGACAUACAAUAGAUCAAGUGACGGGAAAAGCAGAUGCUUGAGGUUUCGCUAUAUGCUGCGGGGAUCUGGAGAUAAAACGUUGACAAUUUUCCAGAAAACAGGAAUUUAUCGUGAAAUACCCAUCUGGACUUGGAAAGGCAACUCUGGCCGGGACUGGAUUUAUGGUGAAGUUCCGCUGACCUCUACUACGAAGUUUAAGAUUUUGAUCAAAGCUCAAAAAAGUUCUUCUUCCCAACUGGACGAUGCUCAUGCCGCUGUGCAAGGAAGACUCAAUUCCAGGACAACUGAGGACAAAGGAGGAUCCUGGUCCGCUGCUUCGAACAACCGCAACCAAUGGCUUGAGAUUGAUCUGGUCAGUCAGAACAUCAAUGUGACCCGUAUAGCCACUCAAGGAAGACAUGAUUCCAGCCAGUGGGUGACGAAGUACAAGCUGCAGUACAGUAAAGAUGGUGUAAACUUCCAAUAUUACAAAGAGCCAAUGGAAACUGCACAUAAGAUUUUUGAUGGAAACGUUGAGCAACACGCCGUUGUUUAUAAUGAACUUGUCCCGCCUAUCAAAGCACGUUUCAUCCGUUUUCGGCCUGUUGACUGGUAUGGUCAUAUAUCAAUGAGAGUAGAACUUUAUGGAUGUCAAGAUGACCGUCCCUGUGACACAUCAGUAGACUGGUGUGGAUGGAAAAACGAACGUGGCUGGAAAAGUAUCAAACAUAAAGAUCUUGAUCAGGUCUAUCAGAAUGAAGGUGGCGGUGGUAAAGGUUUUAGUGACAACAACAACUUCGAGGUCCUUCUCCCUGACAGCGAAUAUGGUUACAUAUCAUUAUCUGAUGUGAUACUGGAUCAAUGCUGUUUUACCAUUUGCUUCUGGUUGAAAACCGCUAGCAGCGGCUUCUAUACAGAAUACAAUAAUGCAGGAUCAGCCAAAGAGAACAAGACUCUAGUUUUUGGAAUCUAUUGUGGAAACAACACAUUUUCCCUUCAAAGCGGGAGCGAGAGGAGCGAGCAGUCAAUGGACGUUAUGGACUCCACCUGGCACCACGUUUGUGUCUCCUGGGAUGGGAGAGUUGGGCUACUUGCAGUUUUCAAGGAUGGUCAUAUAAAUUUCAAGUUUAAUGACUUUAUGGGGCCCCUACUUCAGAAGCCGAAUGAAGGAAUCGUGACGAUUGGUUUUAGGAAUAUAAAUGGAACUGCUUCUACUGUUCUUGGUAAACUGAGUGGCUUCAAUAUUUGGAGUACCUUGGUCACAACAGAGGAGAUACUGCGCAUGUCAUACGGAUGUGGCACGGAAGCUGGCAAUGCGAUGGCCUGGGGAAAAGUUAGAAAUGGGCUGAUUGGGGAAGUGGAGAUGAAAUCACGUCCAACUUGCAACGAUGGAAAACGUGCCAGGCUUGUGGUAGAUACCGUCGAUCUGGAGCCAAAUGGGACGGCAGUUCUUGUGAGCCAGACAUACAAUAGAUCAAGUGACGGGAAAAGCAGAUGCUUGAGGUUUCGCUAUAUGCUGCAGGGAUCUGGAGAUAAAACGUUGACAAUUUCCCAGAAAACAGGAAUUUAUCGUGAAAUACCCAUCUGGACUUGGAAAGGCAACUCUGGCCGGGACUGGAUUUAUGGUGAAGUUCCGCUGACCUCUACUACGAAGUUUAAGAUUUUGAUCAAAGCUCAAAAAAGCAGGGAGAAAGACUUGAUUGCUUUAACAGGGAUAUAUGUCAAAGAGGGACUCGAUUGCAAACUUAGGCCGCUGUCGGCAAAGCAAGCUUGUAAUGAGGAUUUAACUGAUCCAUCAGGAUAUCUCUUUUCACCGGCCUAUUCCGGUGAUGUUCUUGAUAAUAUCGCUUGCACGUGGUACAUUACCGUUCCACGCAAUAACAAUAUUCGCUUGGAAUUCCGAGAUUUCCGUCUUCCAGACCAUCCCACAUGCAAGGGCUGUGAUCUUCAAAUUUUCGAUGGAAGUGAAACGUCUGCUCCUGCGAUAGGUCGAUUCUGCGGAUAUAUGUAUCCUCCUAUUGUCAUUUCUUCAUCAAAUAAUCUCAGGAUUGUUCUGCGUUGUGCUGCCAAUCCGUACACAGCAAGAUUCAAGAUUUUGUAUAACUCCACGGCUGCUCACAAGAGUUUAGAGUCGUCCUGCUCACUACAGCAAGAAUGCCCAGCAAGGUGCAAAUGUGAAGAGUUUGGUGGACAAGAAGAUAAGAAGAUACUGGUGACCGGAGAAGACUUACUUAAUGUACCGAAUCACCUUCCAACAAACGUUGGAGCAGUGUUUUUUGGGCAAAAUCGGAUCUCCCAAUUGCGCGAGGAGGACUUCAUAAACCUCUUGAAAUUAGAAUAUAUCGAUUUAAGCUUCAAUUCCCUGCUUCACGUGGAUGAAGACAGCUUUCAAAAUGUGACAUCCGUCAAGACACUGAGACUUGAUUUUAACUUUCUUCGAGCUCUUCCUGUUGGGGCCUUGAAGGGACUACCCAAUUUACGCGUACUUGACUUAGGACGGAACCUUCUUCGGGUUGUAUUCGGCGAGAUGCUCGAUGGACUUUCGAAUUUGGAAGUUUUGAGUUUUCGCUCUAACCAGAUCGAGCUGCUGGAAUACGGUGCUUUUAAGAACAAAAGUAAUAUGACUCAUCUGUACCUACAACAUAACAAACUCAAAGAAGUGUCAAAUGGGAU